GGGAGGAGGGGAUGGGGGAAGGGAGGGACGCUGCUGCCUGGAGGGUCUCGGGGACGGGCCACCCAAAGCGUAAGGACGUCAGCUUCCAUAGCCUUCAGACACCGUCUCCUCUGCCUGUCGCUUGCCCAGGACUGACCAUUCUGGAGAGCUCCUUCUAAUGGGAGGCCGGGGGAGAAGGAAAGAAACACAAGGAAAGGUUUAUGCCCAAAGAAGCGCUGGGGGGGGGGCAGGGAGGAGAGAAGAGACAUGUUGGAGGCGAAAGGAGCAGCCUGUAACUGGGGGGAAAGGGGCCCCCUCCCUCCCUCCGCCUUCCCAUGGUUCCCAAGGCCCACUCCCUCAGUAACCUGGGGCUGGCAGGCACUGAAUAGUCAGAGGCAGACUGUACCAUUCAAACUUUCACCAGGGGAAGGUGAGAGCACUGGGAGACCUCGCAGGGCCGAGACAAGAGCUCAUUCUGGCUCCAGCCCGGCCUUCCCCCCCGACAGGGUCCCGCUCUCGGCUCCAUCUCUGCUGCUGUCACUGCCUCCCCCCGGGGAAGGGGGCGGCCCCCCGGGCUGGAGGCCCUCAGGGCUCCCAGGCUGCUCGGGGAACUUGUUCCCACAUCUCAGCUGCCAUCCCUACCCCUUGCCCGUUCCCCUCUUCUUCCUCCCUUCCCCCAAGGUCAGGACCAACUGAGGGGAAGGCAGCGGCACAGGGAGAGAGGAGCGGGGAGGGGCGGGGGCGCAUCUCGUCCCACUUCUUAGGGUUCUCCUCUGGGAGACAAAAGCAAAUUAAAUGCUCAGGACAGAGCAGGCCCGGGGCGGCUAAAACUCAGGAGUCUCUUCCAGACGCCCACGGAGCAGUCACCAGGGAGCAGACACCGGCCCCCCGUGCCCAGGGACCACCGAGGACUUUCGGAGGGACCAGGACGGGGCUGCGCGUCCCAGGAAGUCUUGGCUGAGAGCACAGAGGAGAGGAAAGAUGAGCGCGGAGGAUGCUGAACCCAGGACUUCCCCCACCCUCAGCCUGGCUUUCUUGACCAACAGCACCGUGGUGGACCUUGCUCCAGCCAGCCCUCUGCCCCCGGGGGAGAUCCCGCAGCCCCUGUCCAUCAUCAUUGCUCUGGCCUGCAUCUUCCUUCUGCUGGCGACCUUCCUGCUUUUUGUCACCCUCUGCAAGCCGGCAGCCAUGGACCCCUCCCGCCACAGCCCUCACGAAUGCAUGCCCUACCACCCGGAGACGCCCAGCGAGCCCCAGCUGCGCUUCUGGAAGCGCCUCGGCUCCCUGCGCCAAUCUAUCCACAGCUUUCGCCGGGGCCGGCCCGGCUCCCAACACCCGGGGCCGGCCGCCCACCAGCCCCUCCGUGGUCGGGACUGGGGCCUGAUGGAAUCAACCAAGAUGUGAUAUGGGAGAGGGAGGGGCUAGAGGUCGGUCUGUCCCCGAGUGACAAGGGUGGGUGGGGCAACGUCCCCCAAAGCUGGUCUAGCGGGCAGCCCACCUCCACCGCGACCCCCCCCCCAUUCAACCCUCCUACCCUUAGAAAAAGCAAAAGAAAAGCUCCAAGUGCUUAGAUACCGCUGUCCUAGCCCAGAUGUAGAUUUUGGAGGUGGUCGUUUGCUUCCCACUGGAAGGUCUAUCCGGGGACAAAGUGGAGAAUUAGCAGAUGUACCCAGCAAGCAAAGCAAGGAUUUCCCAUGGAGACCCCUUGGGUGAAGGGCAACGUUUUCUGGAAAGCCCAUUCUCAGCGUUCCCCACUUCCCUUUGAAAAGCCACCUCUUGGCUGUGGAAGACACAACUUUCUGUCCCUCCUUCCUGGCUUCAGGGGAAAGUCCUGAGUCCAAAGUCGUUUUUUGGUCCAGAAGUUUCUUCUAACCCAGAUCAGAACUGUCUCAUCUCAAAGCUGGAGAUUCUGGGGAGAGCUCCAUUCCACAAAGGACUCCGCAUUAAUUCUCAACACUGGUUUGGGCAAGCGAUAAGGGUGAAUGGGGGCUGGCACAAAUCAGCGGUUUCCUCGGAGGGUAAAGGGGUCUCCCCUUCCUUCCUGCCAACCUCAGCAACGCCAGGAGGCCCCGUCCACGCGCCUCUUACGUCCCUCAGCUCACUUCCGCCCCUGCAGGAGAGGGGGACUCUCAGGUUGGAGAAAGCUGGCUGAGCUGGGCUGUGUCUCAUUGUGCAGCUGGAGAACCGGCCAGUCGGAGUCCCCCUCUGUAACUGGGGGAGGCAGAGGGAAGCUGGCACUGGCAGGGAUGGCUUGGCUGAAGGGAGGAGAAGCUACGAACAGGUCUGGAUGUGGGGGGGGGGCCCGGAAGGGGAUACCUCUGGCUGGAGCCUCCUUAACGUGUAGGGAGGCCCAGAUAAAAGGCAAACUAGCUUCUCUGUACUUCAAUAAAGAGUUUUCAUGUUUUUA